AUGUCCAAGAAACAAGAGGUGAAGUACUACGGCUCCAGCGCGGGGAAGGACCAGCUGGUUUAUGGCGUUGUGCACAUCUAUGCAUCCUUCAACGACACCUUCGUUCAUGUCACUGACAUGUCUGGUCGUGAAACAUUCUGCAAGGUGACAGGAGGUAUGAAGGUAAAAGCAGAUCGCGAUGAAAGCUCACCAUACGCUGCGAUGAUGGCUGCUCAGGAUGUUGUUGCCCGUUGCAAGGAGUGCGGCAUUAACGCUCUGCACGUGAAGAUGCGCGCCACUGGUGGUGUUGGCACUAAAAGCCCCGGGCCUGGCGCUCAGGCCGCCCUCCGUGCACUCGCCCGUGCAGGCAUGAAGAUUGGCCGCAUUGAAGACGUCACACCGGUGCCAACGGACUCCACUCGCCGCAAAGGUUCCCGUCGUGGCCGCCGCUUGUAG